UUUCCCUUCUGUUUUAUUACUUCUCCUCUUCCCCCCCCCCUUUUCCCCCUAAGAUUGGUACAUCCCAUUUGAUUGACAGCUAACGCCUCUAGGUGACUCUGGAGUCCUCAUUCAGAAACAGCCGCUGCGGAAGAGGCGGAGGUCUACGUUGACGUUGAGCGUACGCUACGGCCUAUUCUCGGAGCUCGUUUACGGCGGCGUGGGGGCGGCCCGAAGGGAGCAAUGGGUACGGAAAUGGCGUAAACGGAGGCGAGCGGCCGGCUUUCCCUCAGACGUGGCUGAGGCGAUGGGGGAGCGAGGCGGGAGGCAGGUCCCGGGCUGCUGACGGAGGAAGGAGGCGCCGUUGGAUGAAGAGGCCUCCCCUCAAGCUGGGGCCCGGAGGGUAGGCAGACAAAUCAGGAGCCAAGGCUGCGGCCUUCUCUUCCCUGAGGCUGUGAGCAGUAAUAUAUGAAGGUGGUGAUUGUGGAAGAAGCAGUUUCCUGGCCAGCGGCAAGAAAAGUGGUAUAUAUAUCGCACUCACGUAGUCUUGGCUUCUGGACGUGGAUAUGUGGCACAAGUCACUAUGUGUGGCCCUGCUGGCCCUUGCAACAGGCUACGUCUUCUUGUUAGACCCUGAACUCCCUGACUCAGUACUUGAGUAUUUCUCUGGCUUCUUCUUGAGCCACCUUCAAGAUGAGCUUCCAUCCGCAGAGAGCAGCAUGGCAGCUGCCUGGGAUGCGCUUAUCACCAGGCCAGCCAAACAGUGGAAUCGGGUUGCUGUAGGGGUCAAUGCCUGUGUAGAUGUGGUUCUUUCUGGUGUGAAAUUGUUGCAGGCCCUUGGCCUAGAUCCAGGGAUUGGACAAGACCAUUCUGUCUUACAUUCCACAACAGAUUUGAAGGAGGCCUUCAUUUACUUCAUGGAGAAGGGAGCUGCAGCUGAACGCUUCUUUAGUGAUCCUGAUUCCUUCCAUCAAAUUGCACAGACUGCUUCAGAGGAUCCUGGAGCACAGUUUUAUGUGGGAGGAAAUGCUGCUCUCAUUGGCCAGAAACUUGCGAAUAACCCUGAUCUGAAGGUUUUGCUGUGUGGUCCAAUUGGUCCUAAGCUCCACGAGCUGCUUGAUGAAAAUGUAAUUGUGCCUCCGGAAUCAAUGCAAGAAAUUGAUGAAUUUCAUCUUAUUUUGGAAUAUCAAGCAGGUGAAGAGUGGGGAAAAGUGAGAGCACCAAGUGCCAAUCGCUUCAUCUUUUCCCAUGAUCAAUCUAAUGGGGCCAUGAACAUGCUUGAAGUUUUUGUGUCCAGCUUAGAAGAGUUUCAUCCAGAUCUGGUGGUUCUCUCAGGCCUGCAUAUGAUGGAAGGACAGACCAAGGAGAUACGUCAGAAGAGACUCCUAGAGGCUGUGGCUUCCAUCUCCGACAUUCCUUCUGAUGUCCCUGUACAUUUGGAACUGGCCAGUAUGACUGACCCAGAUCUCAUGACUGAGAUCAUACAUCAGCAGGUCUUCCCUCUUGUGGACUCGAUUGGCUUGAAUGAGCAGGAGCUGCUCUUCCUCACCCAGGCGGCUUCUGGACCACACUCCUUGCUUGCAUCCUGGAACGGCAUCCCAGAUGUGGGUGUCGUUAGUGACAUCCUUUUCUGGAUCUUGAAGGAACAUGGACGGACUGAAGGGAAGGCCUCUGAUCUUACUCGGAUCCACUUUCAUACCUUGGCCUAUCACAUCCUGGCUACUGUGGAUGGAUAUUGGGUCAACCAAGUGGCUGCUGUUGCUGCUGGCGCAAGAGCAGCAGGGGUGCAAGCAUGUGCCACCGAAACAAUUGAUGCCAGCAGAGUUUUCCUCAAGGCACCACUGGAGUUUGAGACUUCAAAGACGGAGGAGGCCUCUAGAGUCUCCUUAAAUCCGAGUGAGCCAGUGUCAGAAUGGCACAGAGAUGGGGUUACGUUCCAUUACACUCCUGUUCUGGUGUGCAAAGACCCCCUGCGGACCGUUGGCCUUGGUGACGCCAUUUCUGCAGAAGGACUUCUUUAUUCAGGAAUCUUCCCUCAAUAACCUAUGACAGUAAGAUGCGACUUACCUCUCUGCAAACAUUUGAACCAUGCAGGCAUGGACUGGAAGUUGGUAUGUAAUACAGGGAACCAAAGAAUAAGAGCAAGGCACAGACCAGAUGCUGCUGGGUGUUGGUGCAGGGCUGUCUAUCACUCUGGUAAGGUGUGCCGUUGAAUAGAGGGAUCACCUUUGGUUUAUAGUGACAACGUCAACCAAAGCUCAUUUUGCUUUAAGAAAGCAGGUCGACUUUGCAGUGACUGCAACAGCUAAACCCAUCUGCCUAGUUAUUCCAGGAAAUAUAUGUUGGUACUUUGCUCUGUCUUAUUUCUGGGGAAAGUAAAGGUGGCUAUGUUACUUUUGCGUCAUAUUCCUAAUGCAGCAAGAGUCAACCUUUUGCUUCUUUGGUUAGAGGUGUGACAAAAAUAUUUAUCUAUUUACCAUUCACUUAUCUUGUGCAAAAAAUAACCGGAGCUGGCUAUGCCAAUUCUAGAAAUGGGAAAUGCACUGUCUGGUUUUUUUUUAUGGUGAACAGAAUAUGCUGAACUAUGGGUGCUUUGUUGCUUAGACCAAUGAAGUGAGAAGACGGUACUGUUUUAUGUGAUUUGCUUAUCACUUGGCUGACGUUUGCUUAUUAUGUACUUCCCUGUAUUGUUUUAUUGAUGCUACUGCCAGAAGAAUCUACCUCGCGUUUUUUGACACAAUGACUUCAAAUGCAAGCAAGUUUCGUACUGUUAGUAACUGAUGCAUUUGUACCUAAGGCAGUGAUCUGAACAUCUUUACAAGACGUGAGAGUAGUUUACAGUACAGCUACUGCUCCUCACUAAACCUAAUGUGGCAAAAAUGGCAGUCAAUCUAGGCAAACGCCAAAACUGUGUUGAGCAAACUUUGGAUCUUUAUAGCAUUUCCAGCAGAGCGCAAACCUGAAAACUGUACCCCCUGCUAUUCUUGGCAGCUGCAACAGCAUGAGAUUCUGGUGAAUUUAUAUGACCACAGGAAGUUUUUCUUCAUAACUCAGGAAAUUGUCUUGCACUAUCAUGUAUUCAAACUUUCUCCUUCAAUCAUGCAUUCCACUCCUUUUUUUUUUUUCUUUUCUUACUGCCGCAUAGCAAUAGAAAUGAACGAAUCUGCAGGAUGUGACAUGGGACUUUGGAGUAAAGGCAAAAUUUGGUGGUGGCUAUUUGCUAAAGCAUAGGAUUUGGAAAGGGCAAUUCGGGACAAACCUUACUCAGACAGGACUCAUGCCUGAGAAGGUCUUAGUCAGAAAACUCCUUUGUAGCCUAACCUACCUCUUUAAGUUGUAUUGAGGUUUUUUAAAUGGCUGCAAAUGAUGAUAGAGUACAAGGCCUCAGAAUUCCAAAAGAUUGUGAUGGAAGCCGGUCAGGUCAAGAUUAGUGUUGGUUAAACAAGGCAUCUUCUGCUCUUAAGGUGUUAACAUUUACUGUCUUGCUUAAGCUAUCUACAGACUUUUUCAGCAUCAAAGAAUAUUAAAAGAUGUCAAGAGGAUUUGCAGGACUACAUUGGAAUAACAUUUUUGUUAACUGAUUUCUCCAAAUGAGAUAUUUAUGUUAUGCCAAACUGAUGUUUUGCACUAUUAGAGAACCUAGCAAAUGUGAGGCUUUUUUGGCUUUAAACUCUUCAUUUUUAGAUGCUACUUUGAAUCAUGAGAUCUUCACUGAAAACAAUGUUUGGGGUCCAGCCGAGAUCCUCUAAGGAGGAAGCAAGAGCUUCUCUGAGAACAGAUGAUACUGAGUGAGGGCAAGUAUUUUCCUAUGCUUCGCCUCUCUCUCUGCAUGGGAAAUGGUCAUUUAUACUCUUUCUUUACAUUGGUUUUUCGCUGAACUAUAUUUGAAGAUAGUUCUUCAUACAGUCAUUUGGCCCCUCUUGGCUUUUGGCACAGCACAGCGGAAAGCGCCUCAUUUGAAUGAGCCUCCACCGUUGAUAACGUUUUAUUACCCAGCUGCAGCCAUUAAAACAUCAGCCACAUGUGUUGUUUGCUGCUAUGGGCCAAAGUGCCGAAUUGUCAGUGUGUGACAUUACUUCUUAGCAAAGCAACAUCAGUUUAUAUGGGUGGUAUUGCAUUUCCAAAAAGGGGGCUCAGAAAGGCAAAAGGCCGUUGUGUUUCAUUAGGCCCCCUCAAUCCAAGCUUAUCUCUGAACAUUCAGGAAUAGAGCAAUUGAAAGUUUGGUUGUAGUAAAUAACCUUGUUUUUACCACUUUUGGAAAGGCUUCCAGCAUCAUACAAUUUGGAAGCAGGAACCUGAGGUUAGCAGAAUAAAUGUCCUAGUAGCAUUCCUUUGUGAGGUAUAAGACUUAAAUGUAUCCUUCCUUUUUGCCUAGGAGAAAUCAAAGCAAUUUAAACAUACAGCAUUCUUCCCAAGAGUUGUAUUUCUUUUACCGGUAGUUAUGAAAGUGUAUUUCCCCCAAGCUCUGUUGUUACACAACUUCUUUAUUUGCAGCACUAUGUGACAAUGGUCUUUGCUAAAUUUCCUUUGUUCUCUAUCUUUGUAACUUUGUGUUUAAACAGUUGCAUCCCCUUAUAUUUGGAUGCAACAAAGGACCAACAAAUUCAUCAGAGUUUUGAAGAACACAGCUGCGGAAGGAGCCAAAUCCCCUGACCCCAAGCUAAUCCCAGCUUCCACUAAAACAGCUAUUUGCCCAGUGCCAGGGCCUUGUGCUAAUGAGUGAAAAUGUCCUUAGUACUCUCCUAGUUCAAAGAAACAAUUUUGUUACGCAGAGUAGUGAAACAAGUACAUUCUCCCUAUAGCUGAAACCUUAUAGAAACUAACUGAAGCUUUUAUUGAACAGUGCACCCCUGCUUUUGUUCUCUUCAUUUGAAAGUGAAAUCAAAAUGAACUUUUUGCUCUUCCAAAUGAUACAGCUACUUCCCUAAGCUGUCGGGUUACUACAGCUUUCUGGCUGACGAGUUCUCAGGGAAUUCCCAAGAAUCUAACAUGUGGGUUUGGAUGGUGUAAUUUAAGAACAGUAUUUCUUGGGCAAAGUAGACAUACAGCAUCAACUAUUUUAUGCCAGUUGCCAUAGCAUUUGAUUGUGAAAGUCACCUGUGAUGUGAAAGCUACAGUUUGUUUUCUGAUUUCAUAAAUAACAAUAGGGCCAGACUGGACAACAUUUGGAAGAGCUAAAAAGUAUACUUUAAACUAGUUUUUAAGAAAAUCUAUUACCAAAUUAUUUUUGUCUGUAUUAUUCCUAUGAAAAAAAUAAUUGCUUCUGAACAGUGUAUCAUGUCUGUAUAUAUGAUUUUAAAAUAUUCUGUACUGUGGGUGGCAUUUUCACUAAAUGUUGUUUUGCAUUUAGAAA